AUGAACAUCUAUUUUUGUGGUAGUAUUCGAGGUGGUAGACAAGAUGUGGCUAUUUAUCAACAAAUUGUUACUUGUCUUAAAUCAUAUGGUACAGUUUUAACUGAACAUGUUGCUUUUCCUGAAUUAGAACUUGUAGAAAAAAAUUUAAAUGAUGCUGAAAUUCUUGAACGUGAUAUGCAAUGGUUAUCCAAAGCUCAAGUAGUUGUUGCUGAAGUAACACAACCAUCAUUAGGUGUUGGCUUUGAAAUAGCACGAGCUAUUACAUUAAAUAAGCCUGUACUUUGUCUAUUUCGUCCUUCAAGUGGACAACGUCUAUCAGCUUUAAUACGUGGUUCAGCAAAUAAUCGUUCAUUUUUUGUUGGUAAUUAUGAACAACGAGACGAUUUUGAAAAAUUUAUACAAGAUUUUAUGGGUUAUUGUUCGCAAAAGCGUACAGUUUGA